GCUUCAACGCUCAUUUUCAAUAGACUCAUCUGGGAUUAGUAUUUUCAAAGUGCCUAAUCAACUACGCCAAACAAAUGAAAAGGCCUAUGAACCUUACAUAAUCUCAAUCGGUCCUUAUCACCGUGGAAAAGAUCACUUAAAGCCAAUGGAAGGGCACAGAAUUCAUUAUCUAAAAAUGCUUCUUCGACGAAGAAAUGAGAAUAGUGUGGCUAGAUAUGAACUGGCCUUGAAAGCAAUGGAAGAAAAAGCUGGGAAAUGCUAUACUAAGCCUCUAGAUCAUAUUGAUGAAGAAGCAUUUAUAGAAAUGAUGUUCCUCGACGGUAGCUUUGUUAUUGGGCUGAUUCGAAGGGAAAUAGGAGAGUCCAGGCAAGAAAUUGAGUAUGUUUGUAGAAAUUUCAAUAUGAAUAGCUUAACACGAGAUUUAUUACUGCUUGAAAAUCAGCUGCCUUUAUUUGUACUGCUGGAGUUGUUUCAGAUGACCCAGAUGUGUGAUCAAGAUAGUGACUUCGUUCAUUUGGCUAUUGAUUUCUUCUCUGAAAUGAUGCCAGGCCCUGGAAUUCAACAUCCUUCGAUAUCUUCCAACAAAAAUAUCAAGAAUCUACCAGGCCUAGUACAUGAUUGCUGGCUUCCUUCAUCUGAUGUAAUAGAUCGUUAUGUCAAUACUUCAACAGAAUAUGGCGAAUGGAAUUUCAUACGCACUGCAAUGGAGCUCGAAGAAGCAUGAAUUGACUUCAAGAAUGUGGGCAAACUGUGUAUAUAUAGUUCUGCAAUGUUAUCAACAAUAAUAAUAAGAGCAAGGAGUCUCAAAGGGGUGUUGUUAAGUCAAAUUCAAUGUUUAAGUCUUGGGUCAACACUAAAGAAAAUUAUAUAUUUUUCUUAAAUGUAACAUGCUGAUGUGGGGGUGUGUCCUUAAUUUUCUGUUCUACUCCUCCAAUUGGAUGCAAGCCUUCUUGAGGGUUCAAGUCUUGUUGGUGAUUCUGGUCAUAUAUCAACUGUUAAAUAAUAUUAUAAUUCGGAA